AUGCACAUAUUACUAUUUAUGUGUUUUUUAUCAGUAUGCUUACAAAUAAUUGUAAUAAUUUAUGCUCUACGAUAUGUUCGUCGUCAUGCAAGCGAAUGCUAUAUGCAUAUUUUUUUACUUAAUAUGACAUUAGCUGAUUUCAUGCUAACUGGUUAUACUAAUUUUUAUUUACAAUUUUUUGGUGUUGCAUUACCAAUGGAAUUUUUGAUUGACAUGGAAACGAUCAGAAUACAAUUUUCAUACCAUGUGAAUUUAAUGAUGCAUUUUUUACUGUGGUUGGGAACUUCGGUAUCAGGAUUGAGCUUGGUUCUGUUGAACAUUGACAAAUUAAUCUUUUUCAAAUUUCCUCUAAGAUAUGCCGAAUUAAUCACGCGAAAUCGAGCGUAUCUAAUGGCGUGUAGUACGUGGAUUCUGAGCACACUUUUUAUUUAUCUGGCCUUCCAUACAAGAGCUCUCAUUUGUCGAUAUAACUGUGAACGACUUACCACUGACAAUAGUCGUUAUGGUCCAUUAAUGUACCUCUUAUUUACAUUCUUCGUUUCCGCUUUUCCCGCUCUUUCUUCACUUAUGGUCGCGCUUUAUUUAUUACGCAUUGUUAAUAUGCAUAAGAAACAUAUUGCUGAAGAACAGAAGCUUUAUGCUAUUAGUGGUUCACGAAAAAGUACAGCGAUAAAAUCCGGAAUGCGCACAUUUUAUUUCAUUUUUAUUUCUACUAUUUUUACGGUGCUUACGUUGACACCGUAUCGGUUGGUGACAUUAUAUCGAACAAUUAUUGAUAAGGAUACUGAAAUCAGGACGUGUAUCAGUGUUUUUAUCAGUAUACUUACUUAUUAUGCAAUGGAUUUAAAUCCGAUUCUGAAUCCGCUGUUGACAGUUACUGUAUUACCGCAGUAUCGUAUACGUUGCUUGGACUUUCUGAUUCAUCUGAAACGCAGAAACAAUGAUAAAAUGAUCGAAAAAUAA